UUUGAAAACAACACCUGUAUUUUGCCAAAAGCAAUAAUGACGGCUUUUGAUCACAAAAUCCUGUUUAUAUAAUUCCUCGCUAAAGUCCUUUCAAGGCCUCUUUAUCCGUAACUACCGUUGGCGUGGUACAUAAACCAAUCUCUUGCACGUGCCAGACAUAAGUGACAUCGGAAGAAAAGAUUUUGCGCUGACCGGGAGGGCGAGAAGUGAGAAUAUUGAGCAAGCCAUUUGGUCACAAGCGUUGGUGGAAUAAAGAGCGACUUGCUGGAGAAAGUGAUUUCAUGCAAGCAAGAAUACGCGACAAAGCUAUCUUUCUGAAUGAAAAUGAAUGAUUCAGUUUUCUUCGUCGCUGUUUUGGGAACAAUUUUCCUGCUUCUCAACACAAGAUCAACACAAGGUCAAGGUAAAAUUUGUCGAAGCGACCAAUUCGCCUGUCGUGAUAACAGUUUUUGUAUACCAAAUUCCUGGAAAUGUGAUGCAGCAAACGACUGCCCUGACGCUUCGGAUGAAAAUGCUUGUGGUUCUCAAGCUGGCUGUGGUUCAUCGUCGUUAUUCAGGUGUUCCAACGGAAAAUGUAUCUUAACGUCCUGGUCUUGUGAUGGACAUGAUGACUGUGGUGAUAAUUCUGACGAACGUAGAGAAAUAUGUCCCAACAAACCAAAUUGCGAAUUUAAAUGUGAUAAUGGCAAAUGUCUGGCGACGUCUUGGAUUUGUGACAAAUUUGAUGAUUGUGGAGAUGGUUCAGAUGAACGCAAUUGUGAUGGCUCAAGUUCUUAUUCAGCAACAGCCGCAGCCACAACCGUCUAUACCACUGAAUCAACAUGUUUGUCCAGUGAAUUUGAAUGUCGCGUUAAACUUAGCUGUAUACCAAGUAAUUGGAAAUGUGACGGAACUACAGAUUGUGAGGAUGGGACGGAUGAAAAUGAUUGUGGCUCUAGUACCACUGGACAGCCAACUACCGUUGCAGCUCGUUGCCCAGGCAAUGAGUUUCAUUGUGAUAACAAGUGUAUUCCAGGAUCGUGGAAAUGUGAUCAAUUUAAUGACUGUAAUGACAGAACUGAUGAACAAUUUUGUGGUGACAGUGCAACAUCAUCAAAGCCUCCAACUACAACACAAGAAACAACUACAAUUCCGACUACAACAUUGACAACGACAGAAGAAGAAACUACACGACGACCGACAACAGUUGCGCCAACAACAUCUUAUUGUGGUCCAGAUCAGUUUGAGUGUCUGGUCGUGAGGCAAUGUAUCAGAAAAGUAUGGCUGUGUGAUAAAAUAGCAGACUGUACAGAUCGAACAGACGAACAAGAUUGUUCAGAAGUUACAACCACAACCACAACCACGAGCACCAGCACCACAGAACUACCUGCAACCACAACACAGGAACCCGUGCGUGGUCUCGCACCUACACCGUGUCCAAGCAAUCAAAUUCCAUGUGCAACUGGUAAGCAGUGUACGUUCCUAGCUUGGAGAUGUGACGGAGAUUAUGAUUGUAAUGAUGAAUCUGACGAACAAAAUUGUGGACCGACGAGACCCGCACAGUCACAGUCUCAGGGUUGUAAUGAAGGAUAUUUCACAUGUCAGACGUCACGACGUUGUAUAGUAAAUCACUGGGUAUGCGAUAAAGAAAGGGAUUGCUCAGACGGAAGCGAUGAACUCGGCUGUGUUCAAGCCGUUUCGCUGGUCGUCACUGCAGGUUCGAAAAUCAUGAAGUUUUCAGAGGAUUUGCGCUCCUCAGAAAACAUAUUCACGAGACUGCAUGCAGCAGUAGCUGUUGAUGUUGACAUGCAAUCACAGGAAAUCUUCUGGAGUGACGUAAGGCGGAAACAAAUCAGGCGAGGAAGUAUCAAUGGCUAUCUCUCUCAAGCAGUCAUAUCCUCCAAUCUCGGUAGAGUCGAAGGAAUUGCUGUCGACUGGGUAACAAGGAAGUUAUAUUGGACAGACAGUUUAGCGUCGACUAUCGAAGUUGCUGGUAUGCGUGGACAAAAUAGAAAGAUUUUUAUCUCAAGAGAUCUGCACAACCCACGUGCUAUUGUAGUUAACCCUGCCGGGGGGUAUCUUUAUUGGACAGAAUGGGGUGGUCAAGCAAGGAUAUCACGAAUUAGCAUGGAUGGUAAAGCAGAAACAAGAUCAGUAAUAAUUGAUAAAAAUAUAGAAUGGCCAAAUGCAUUAGCAAUCGACUACCAGAAAGGAAGCCUGUGGUGGGCUGAUGCAAAGUUGGGCAAAAUAGAACGAUGUAAUUUGUAUGGGACAGUGAGAAGAGUAGUGACUGAACAAAACGUCGGUUCACCAUUUUCCAUUGCUGUAAGCUCGCAAUACGUUUACUGGACAAACUGGGAUAAUGGUAGAAUAGAAAGGAUUGAAAAAGAAUCAUGGAAUAAAAAUCAAAUACAAUCCCGGAGUUACUCUAGUUAUCCUCUCGCAAUUGCUUUAAUUGAUGGAGAAAAACAUAAAGCAGUGCACACGAAUUGCUCAAACAACAAUGGAGGUUGCAGUCAUCUCUGUCUGUUAUCAAGUUGGUCCGAUCAUUCAUGUGCCUGUCCAGGAGAUAUGCGAUUAGGUCCUGAUGGAAGCACGUGUUCGAACAGAAUUGCUGCCUCCUGUUCACUCAAACAGUUUCGUUGCGAUGGCAGAUGUAUUGUUGCAUCGAAGAGAUGUGACGGCAAAGUGGACUGCGAUGAUGGUACUGAUGAAGAAUAUUGUUUGGCUGAAGUUCCUCGUCUUGUGUUUGGUGAUAGAAAGCGCCAUGUUGCCUCGUGCAUACUGCAGGGGGAAAAGCGAUGUUCCGACUUCAAAGUAAUUGCACAAGCUAACUCAGUUAUAGGACUUGACGUUGAUGUUAAGAAUGGUAUAAUAUACUGGGCAGACAGUAGAAAAAAUGCUAUUAUGAAAACUGCUCUAAAAGCAAAUGGUGACGUACUUUGGACGAAAACAGUCACGAAUAGAUAUGUGUUCACGCCGCAAGGAUUGGCGUUCGACUGGGUUACCAAUAAGAUUUACUGGAUUGAUCGCUAUCUUAAGAAAAUUGAAGUUAUUGAUACUGACGGAACCUAUCGUUAUACUAUUGCUUCUAUGAGGAGAAAAAGUGACAAACCGCGAUCCAUUGCUUUACAUCCCAAAUCAGGGUAUUUGUUCUGGACAGACUGGGGAACAAGGCCGUGUCUUGAGAAAAUCUCAAUGGAUGGUGAUCCAGACACACGUCGUAAAGUCGUGGAGACUGGUAUCAAGCAACCAAAUGCAGUGACAAUUGAUUACUCAAGGGAUAUUCUAUACUGGGCUGAUUCGUAUUACGAUAAGAUUGAAAAAAUGCAUGUGAAUGGCGGGCAACGAAUACCUUUCUUGAGAAGAGAGCUGAUACAUCAUCCAUUCGCCCUCACGUUUUAUCAACAGUUUAUUUACUGGUCUGACUGGCAUACACAAGGUAUCCUUAGAGUAAACAUGUUUCAGAGAAGGGAUUCUAUCGUCAUCAAACCCAUAGCACGUCCCAUGGAGCUGGUUGUGUUUGAUAAGUCUCGUCAGCCUGCAAUGAAUAAUCCGUGUGCCACAUAUAAUGGUGGCUGCAGUCAUAUCUGCUUGAUCAGCCCUCUCUCAGGAUUCAGAAGAAGUUGCAGAUGUCCUUCGACAAUGCAACUCAAAUCCGAUAAGAAAACUUGCGAAUCUUUGUAUCGUGUUGAAAGGCAAGAAAAUCUCAGGACGAAUUCUCUUUUCGACGUUGGCAUAGAGUAAAUCUCGUGGAUCUGAAUCGAAGAGGGAAUUUAUUCAGAACGAAAGGGACAACAUGUGUAUAUAAUAUAUCACAUCCUGUGGCCGUUACCCCGGCGUGUCUCUAGAGUUAAAAUGGAGUAAAAAUGUAUCCAAAAAAACUCCACAAGAGUAUUUUUGUAGACUUAGCGGAUGAUGAUAUUCAUAUAUGUGAGACAUAUAGCUGACAAUCUCCUAUGAGUUAAAAGUUACUGAAAUAUAAAAACUCAAGUUAAAUCUUAGGCGACAUAUAUGCGAUAAAGAUUGGCCACCAGUGAGUUCCACGUAUAUCAGGAGUAAAACAGGUUAGCGAAUGUGGGAGGGGGGGCGAGGAGAAACUAUAGGAAUAUAGUUAGAGAAUACUGAUAGGAAAAAGCCUGGGAGUCCCAACAGAGGGGCAGAACUCGCUCAUUUUCCCUGGGCUCUGGGCUGGUGUGAAAUGGGCUUAUAAAGCCCUAAUUCCACGGGCGAAAUUUUCAAGCGAAAUUCGAAAUAUUUCGCCUGCUUCUUUUGAAUUGUGAGCAAUGAAGCCGAAUUAAUUUAUUCAAGUGGUCGAAAUCCAAAAGAAACAGGCGAAAUGUUCGCCGAAAAUCGUCGAGAAAAAGCGCCCGUGCAUGGAAUUAGGCCCUAAGAACCUCAAAUAUUUCACUGAUAAGGGAACCAAGAUGGCGUCUUAUUUUGUGAUAAACACGCGGAUUAAAUAAAGCUCCUUGGUAGUACAGCCUUAGCUAUACUAUCCAGCUAUACUUUUCCGAGCACUGCUGAAAGAGAUCUAAAGUCCAUUGACGAUAAAGUCAGUUUGCGCAUUUUUUGUUCCCUCUCUGGACGUACGUUCUUACUCCAGAAUAUUUGAAGCUCACUGGGAAACGCCAGCAUGCAUGAAGUAAAUGAUUGUAAAAAUAAUUGAAUAUAUGAAGACAGUCGCAGAGUUAGUAAGGCGCAACAUUAAAAUUGGAAUUAUAUUCAGUAUGAUAUUUAAAAAAAUCCGGUAUUCAA